AUGUCGUCGCAGUUGUUGACACUCCUCCUCAUCCUAUCAAUUGUCACAAUCCAUAAUCUCCCCGUCGUAACCGGUAGAAAAUGGUGCAUGGCGAGGAAUGAUGCAACAUACAAGCAGCUACAGUUCAACAUUGACUUUUCUUGCAGCCACGGCGUAGAUUGUAAGCCGAUCCAACCCGGUGGAAGUUGCUUUUACCCUAAUAUUCUGGUAGACCAUGCGUCCUAUGCCAUGAAUGCUUAUUACCGGAGUCAUGGUAGCACCAAAGAUUCUUGUAGCUUUAACAAUAGCAGUUGGUUUUCUCAUUUCGAUCCAAGUAAAGGCUCAUGUGUCUACACUUGA